UGUUCAAGUGUUUCAGUUUCAGUGAAUUUCCAUCUUUAAUCUCCGUCUCCUCCGUUGCGUCCAUGUCAGCUCAGCCAACAGCGCAGAAGCAACCGUCCUGGUGGCAACGAAUUUUCACUACUGCACCCAGAGGCCAGUAUGCAGUCGAUGAAAAGCAGCAAGUGGUGAAAGAGAAUGAAUUCAUUCUCAUGCGAUGGAACUUGCUCUUCCUGAUCUUUGACUUCAUUGUCAUCCCUCUUCCUCUGUGGAUUGACCUAGUCUGCCCAAUAUUCGCUGCUAUCUAUGGGCUCUUCGUUGGAUGGCUUGGAGCGUUCCUCUUGACGGUUUGUGCAGUGCGUUCUCUCCAAGCAAACUUUCUGAUGAAAAAGGUGGUGGAUGACACCUGGGAAGAGAAGAUCCCUAGAGGAACCGAAGAGGAGAAGCGAUUAGCAGACAAUUUGCAGCACCUCGUCAUGAUGUGUGGUUACAAGGAGCCCAUGGAAGUGAUUUGCCAGUCUAUUGAUUCUCUGGCUGCGCAGUCAGCGGCGCACCGCCUCAUUGUGGUGAUUGGCCUGGAAGAGGGAACUCCGGAUGUAGCCGAAAAGGCCGCGCGGUUGAAGGAGCGGUAUGGGAGGUCCUUCAAGCGUUUCCAUGUGACCAAGCACCCAAAGCAGUGGGCAGGGGGCCGUGAGAUCCGUGGCAAGUGUUCCAAUGCCAACUACACGAUGCGAGCUGCUGUGACGCGGCUCGAGGAGUACGGUGACUUGGACCUCAGCUGCACCACCGCCACCAGCUGUGAUACGGACUCCAUCUUUGCCCCAAGAUAUUUUGAGAACCUCGGCUACCAGUUCCUAACCUCCCCAAAAGCCAAGGAGGUGGUGUGGCAGGCACCUUUGUACUACAACCACUUCUUGAACGAGCGUCCAUUCUAUGUGCGCACCAUUGGCAUCAUGCGUGCUGCCUACAUGCUGGGCUUUCUGAUCCCUUUCAACAUCAACACCAUGUCGAUUUUCAGCUUCUCAUUGGAUCUUUGCAUCAAGGGCGAGUUCUUCCAUGCUCACUAUCAAAUGGAUGACAUCAUCUACACCUUGACCUGCAUGCAAGCUCUGCAGAAGCGCAUUGAGAUCUUGAUGAUUCCCAUGCCUGUGAUCUCUGGACCAACAUCUGGAACUUCCCAGUGGGAGGAGUUUGCAGAGUGGUUCCGACAGAGCGAGCGUUGGACAAUCGGAGCUUGCGAAGUGUUCCAUUACUUUAUCGUGAAACGUCGACGCUACAACUGCGUGGGGACCUCAAUGUCUGGAGUCAAAAAGGGUUGCUGUUUUUGA